AGUGAAUAGAACAAAAAUUCAUUGAUUUUUGUUGAUUCAUCAAACAUCAACCAGUAAAGCAGAGCAAAAGAUUUUUGAAAAAAAAACAAUCAUGUCAUCAGCAAUCUGUAUGAAAUGUACACGUCCAGUGUAUCAUGCUGAAGAAAUGUUAGCCGGUGGUCUUAAAUGGCAUAAAACUUGUUUCAAAUGUAAUCUUUGUAAUAAACGUUUGGAUUCAAUGAAUGCAAAUGCACAUGAUGAUGCAUUAUGGUGUAAACAAUGUUAUGCACGAAAAUUUGGUCCUAAAGGUGUCGGAUUUGGAAUAGGCAGUGGAGCAUUAGGUAUGGACAUUGGUGAACAUUUGGGUAAUAAAGAAUGUGAAGUAACCAAUAAACCAUUGGGUAUUAAUAAUUAAACUAAUCAACUCAAUCAUCGAGCAAUCAAUCGUCAAUCGACAUGAUAAUUCUGUUUUCAUAUUACGAACAAAUUCAAUGCAUAGCCUAUUUUUAAAAAUGAAAACAAAAAUGCCAAAAAAAUGAAUUCUACUCGCUUGAUAUCAAAUCAUCAAAUCAGCUAA